AUGAGCCCCUCCACCAUGCCCGCCCGUCAAGACGCCUACUCUGUCUCCAUCCCCGUCUCUCCCCCUCCCCCCAGCGACCUGUCGACUUACAUGCGCUCGAUGCACCAGCACACGAAGCGACAGAUGGAGGCUGCGAACCGUUCUUCUUCGCGGAGAUCGGGAGGCAGGACGCACUACCCCCACAUGUCCAAUGGGCACUCAAGUUCCGACUACAGCUCUUAA